AUGCAAUCGAACGAGAUCACCACCGCAGAAGCAAUCGAAGACAAGGUCUUUCUAGUCACCGGCGGAUUGGGCUACGUGGGUUCCGCCCUCUGCCUCGAACUACUCCGCCGAGGAGCUCGCCAAGUCCGCGCCUUCGAUCUCCGACCAACUUCCCCAUGGUCCAAAUCUCUCACCACCGCCGGCGUCCAAUUCAUCCAAGGGGACCUCACCGAAAAGGAAGAUGUAGGCAAUGCGAUUCGCGGCGCCGACUGCGUCUUCCACUUGGCCUCGUACGGCAUGUCCGGCAAAGAAAUGCUCCGAUUCACGCGUGUCGACCAGAUCAACAUCAACGGCACCAGCCACGUUUUGGAAGCUUGCCUCCAGUUCGACGUCGCCCGGCUUGUUUACGUCAGCACGACCAAUGUCGUCUUUGGAGGGAAGGAGAUCGUCAAUGGGAAUGAAUCCUUGCCUUACUUCCCUCUCGACGAUCACGUCGACCCUUAUAGCCACAGCAAGUCCAUUGCCGAGCAAUUGGUGCUAAGUCACAGCGGCCGCCCUUUUAAGACCAAUAACAGGGGAAAGCUACACACUUGUGCAGUCCGUCCAGCCGGCAUCUACGGACCAGGAGAAGAGAGGCAUCUUCCUAGAAUCAUAUCCCACGCUAAAUGGGGUUUGCUGCCAAUCAGAAUCGGCGAUAUGAGCGUCAUGACCGACUGGGUCUACGUCGAAAACCUCGUCCUCGCGUUGAUUCUCGCAAGCAUCGGACUUUCCGAUGGCAGAGGAGAUCUAGAAGGGAAAUCCCCUGUGGCUUCUGGCCAAGCAUACUUCAUAUCCGAUGGUUCUCCGAUCAACAGCUACAAGUUCAUGCAACCACUGCUGAGAAGCCUAGGCUACGACAUACCAAAGGUUUCCGUACCCGUCUCUCAUGUGAUUGCUACAGCUAGAGCUUCCUGGGCCAUCUACAAAUUCUUGUACACGUGGUUGAACCACGCCUGGCUUCCUCCGCCGUUGAUCCUCCCCGCGGAGAUUCACAAAGUAGGGGUGACGCAUUACUUCUCAAACUUCAAGGCCGAGGAGGAACUAGGGUAUGUGCCUCCUGUUACGCCUCGAGAAGCGAUGGACGCGACGAUUUCGUACUGGCAGGAGAGGAAGAGGGAGACGUUGGACGGACCGACGAUAUGGCCGUGGUUGAUUGUUGGGUUUGGAUUGGGUAUGCUGUUCUGUGCCGCGUUUGUGCCGAAUGCAGCAGGACCGGUUGUGCCGUUGUUGAGAGGUUUCAGCCUCGUGUUCCUGCGGUCGAUGUGGAUGGUCAGGGCGGUGGCUGUAGCGGCCGCCGUCGCGCAUGUGGCUGAGGCUGUGUAUGCGUUGGAGCUGGCCAAGAAGGUGGAUCCUGUCAACGCCAAGGGAUGGUUUUGGCAGACUCUUGCUCUCGGCUUCUUUUCCUUGCGUUUGCUGCUCAAGAGAAGAGAGCUAGGUAGGUAGACAACUAGAGUUAAGGUCCGAG